UAUAGAUCGGGAUGAUUAAUUUCGAUUCAAAAUCAUCAAACUUCCAGUCAAAGCAAAUUGAUCCGCCAUGGAAAUCUGUUAAACGAGCUUGAACAAGCAAUCAAUACGAGAGUGACAACUCCUCAUACCUCCACAGCUUUACUAUCACUUCCAUCUCCCAAUCUUCAAUUCAUCGAUUCCUCAAUUUCAGCCAAACCGUAUCGAUCUGAAUUCCGCGUCCGCCUUGAUCUAAACACAUGAGGAGCGAUGGUUUAUUGGGAGGCGGAGUCACUCCAUCUUCCGCUUCCAUCCAGAAGAAACGCAUGCUCAAGAGGCGAGAGACAUUCCUGGUGAUUCUCGGAGUGAUUCUACACGCUGUUUACAUGCUCAGCAUUUUUGAUAUAUACUUCAAAACUCCUAUUGUCCAUGGCAUGAAACCUGUUCCUCCUCGCUUUCAUCAUCCCCAGCCAACGUCUCGUUCUCCUAGUAGUGAUGGUUUAAGGGCGGAUAAGUUUUUUGAGCCUGAUUUGGAAGGAAAAUACAGAGCACCAUUUCUGAGAAGUGUAAUUAAAGGACAUGGUCGAUGGGUCUCUCAUGCUCGUCCUCCAACAGAGUCGAGGCCUGGCCAUGUAGCUAUAAUAGCUGGAUUCUACGAAGAUCCUAGUGCAGUCACAAAAGGAUGGAAGGCUAAUCCAGUUGAGUUUGAUUCGGUGUUCAACCAAAGCAGGCCUAAUUUUGCUUUUGGAAGCCAAUAUAAUUCCUAUUUUUGUGGUGCAUUACCACAUAGCACCUGGAACACAUAUCCUCAUGAGUUUGAAGAUUUUGCAACUGAUGCAUCGUUUUUGGAAUGAUGGCAUCUCGAUCAAUUCCAGAGCCUAUUAAACAAGUCACAUGAAGGACCAAAGUUGAAGCAGCUACUGAGACCAAGACAACCUUGUUAUAUUCCUUCCUUCUUUGGUUGUGAUUCUAACGGUCAUGCUCAUCGCCCUUUCUCCCCAAUUUAUCUUAAUAACGUGAAGGUGUUGACCCGUAUUGCUGAGUGUUAUAACCUUCUUGAACAAUAUUUCAAGGACAACCAAACAGCGUAUAUAUUCACAGCGGAUCAUGGACUGCGUGAUAAAGGUAGUCAUGGAGAUGGCCCUACAAAUACCGCUACACCUCUUGUUGUUUGGGGUGCAGGAGUUAGACAUCCCAUGCCAGCUUCCAGCAACAAUGAUCAUGAUUGUGAUGUUCGCUUGUUGUAGAACAUUUGCAUGCUUGCUCCUACGCCCGUUGAAUGGGGCCUAAGCAGCAGAAGAGUGGAUGUUAAUCAAGCUGAUAUUGCAACCCCUAAUGGUUGCACAUUUUUGUGGGCUCCAUGUCCUGUAAAUUCCGUGGGAAACCUUCCACUUGGAUAUGUUCAACUCAAUGAGGCAGACAAGUCGAAGCCAGUGGUAGCUAACACAAAGCAGAUUCUCAACCAGUUCCUUCAGAAAUCACAAAUAAAAGGAAUCAAAUCAUUGUAUUUUGUACCUUUCAAACCUCUGGCACAUCAUGCAUUGCUUUUGGAUGAUAUUGAGCACCAAAUCUGUUAGAGACUAUGAUACUGCCAUGAAGUUAUCUCAAGACUAAGGAAAUUAGCACUGGAAGGCCUGAAUUAUUUUCAAACCUACGACUGGUUGGCCCUCAUGACUGUCAUUACUCUUGGCUAUGGCGGGAUGAUAUAUCCUCAUCUCCAUGUCCUGAGAUAUUAUACUUCUCUUCCAGGAGACUUUCUUAGGAAGGAUCAAGUUCAUUGGCAGAAAACUACUGGAAAGGUUCAUCUAUACACAUUACUAUUUGUUGGACUUUCAUGGAUUCUACUGUAUUUGCAACACUCUCCACCCCUAUAUGCCUAUGCUCCAAUGACGAUAUUUCUCUGGUGUCAAAUAUUUGGAGAAUCAAUUUUCUUAGUGCAGUUUGGGAGGUACUUACUUGGGAGGCGGUCCAGUUAUAUUUUGAAUCUUGUAGUUGCUUGUGUCUUCUCUGUAAUAAUCCUUGAGUUCCUGGUGCAUAGUUUUACGGAGAGGAAGCUAUACACUUGGUGUUUUUUAAUUGUUGGAGUGAUUCUUCGAGUCACCCUCUAUUCCUUGACUCCAUGGAAGUCUGGAAACACCAUUGUUUGUGUUGGCUGCCUGCUGUUUUUUGUCUGUUUUACUUUGUUUCCAGCGGAAAUCCUGAAAUACUCCACUGUGUGGUGUAGUGGAGCUAUGAUUACAGUGAUAGGAGGAAUUGAACCUAUCUUGAAUGGCAUGCUCAACGCAACAAGAAUGAAAUCUGAAAAAAUGCUCUUUGUUUUGUUCUAUUUCCAGGCUAUGUUGGUUAUGUUAUCAUCAAUCAUGGCCAUUACAACUUCUCACAGAACUCCGAAGCAAGAACUGCUUUUAUUACAUCAGCUUAUUAACUAUUGUUUUGCAGGCUUUUCAAUAGUUCUUCCACUAUUUUCAGCACCAGGCCUCUUGCCUCGAUUGACUGCAAUAUUUCUUGGUUUUGCACCUAUCUUACUUCUGUCCAUAGGAUAUGAAGCUCUUUUCUAUUCUGCACUUGGUCUAGUACUUUUGGGCUGGAUACUAUAUGAAAAUACACUGCUUCAAUUGAGGGAGGGGAAAACAUCUUAUGUGGCGAUGAACUCUCAGAACGAUGUAUACUUUUGCAGAAGGGUGAUAGAGACCCUAGAACUAUCUGAUAUGAGAAUUCCUUAAGCUUUUAUGGUGCUAUUGAAUGUUGCAUUUUUUGGAACUGGAAACUUUGCAAGCAUUGCAAGCUUUGAGAUAUCAUCUGUUUAUCGGUUUAUCACAAUCUUUAGCCCUUUUCUCAUGGCAGCACUUCUGAUUUUCAAAAUAUUCAUUCCUUACAUGCUUGUCAUAUGUGCAUUUAGCGGUUUAACGAAGCUGAUUCGCAUUCCACGCUUAGGGUGCUAUUUUCUAGUCAUCAUCUGCUCAGACGUAAUGACAAUCCAUUUCUUCUUCCUGGUGCGAAACACGGGAAGCUGGAUGGAGAUUGGGAAUAGCAUAAGCCAUUUUGGAAUAAUGAGUGCCCAAGUUGUAUUCGUGCUCCUACUUUUUGCGCUUACUCAUGUUUACACGAGGGACAUGAAGGUUAGACCCGAGACACGGUUUACUAGGAAGGUAAUGUAAGGUAAUACCCUAGUUAAAUCAUCUCUAAAUGUAAACAUUUUUUAUUGAAUUUUUGUAGGAGUGAGUGUAGUUGAAUAUUAUUAAUACUCUUGACAGGGAAUUUGGAUUUUGUUCCCAUGAUUUUGAAUGAACUAUAUUUAGCAUCCAUAAUUACAUUCAUAAUUUAGUUGUUUUUAUUGCAGCUUUUUUA